AUGUUGUUCCACGACCUGCUUAUAAGGAGCGAUUUCAACUGUUUGGCCUCCUCGAGAAAAAGGUUUGGCCUCCUUGAGAAGCAUAAGGGUUAUGUUAUUCGAGUUAAAUCUUACCACCAAAAAGAGGGCAUUAACGGGGAAAAAAUAAAUAAAUACAAUGCAGAAGAGCUCAUGAUAAUUAAGACUCAAGACAUCAAAUAUGUGUUCCAAAAGUGGUGUAGUGAGAAAAAAGUAACCAAAUUUUUCUUUAGUAAAAAAUCAUCAACUGCAUCACUGCAAUGUACUAAGGGUCAUUCGAGCCGUAGACAUGUGUACUUUGCAGAAGACAGAGAGGAGGCUAAAGAACUGGAGUUACAAACUAGAAGCAGAAGUGGUGAUAUCUCUCUGAUAAGCCCCAACUCAGGAGGGAUGAUAAGCCCUUUUCGUCCAUAUUUUGAUGACGGUCUCAUAUUCAUAUUAUAG